CGGCUGGGUAGUUGGCGCUGUCGUAGAUGUCGUUGAUUCGUCGCCAGAUUCAGAUAGUUAAAAAAUAUAAGUUAGAAGCCAUUGACAAUUUAUUGUCGGUCGAAGUGCAGCAACAAAGGACUCCAUAUCCUUUUUGGAUUCAGAUCUUUAGCCACCGGAAACGGAAGCCAAGCAACUCAUCAUGGUUCAGAUAUCUCAGACGGAAGACGAUAUAAAAAUAUCCAUUGAACUUAAUAGACUUGUGACUCGCAAGCCAGAUGUGGUACUGCUUCCUCAGUAUUUAAAAUUCAACAAUCCGCCCAUUUUUUUCGAGCGUCAUCUGGUUCAGGAAGUUGACGAAAUGGCUAGUUUUUGUCGCAUCUUUAAAAACGAAGCUCGAAUUGUGCUUGUAAAGAAGGAAAAGGGUUUGUGGCCGGAGAUGUUCCAGAAACUGGACAAGGAAACUCUUCUGCAGAAGCGCCUGGAGAUAGCUGAUCUAAUCGUGGAGCGAAACAAAAAACGGGAUGAAAUGGCCCUUGAAAGGUUUGAUAAGAAACGGCGCGCAGAAAUAGAAAAGGAGAUUAAACGGGAGACCGCCAUGAGAGAACGGCUGAAGCAGUUUCAGGAAACGUCUGUUCGCGACGCCCUUGUGGUAGAUGUUCGAAGGGAGGUUAAGGCCAAUCCCAGCCCCCCUUCCGAUCGCCUUGCUACACCUCUUGUACGGCCACCUAUGUCUGCCAUUCGAGGUAGUGGAAGGAUAAACGUAAGCUUCACUACUCAACAUAAGCGGAGCACACCGAAGCGGGAGUCGCAGUCCAAUAUGGAGACGGCAUAUGCCGCCGCCGGAGGACUGAAUGCAGCCGGUAACUUGCCCAUGGAAAGUCUCGACGAUUAGCUAUAACAUAAGUUGAUGUUAAAAUAGAGUGCUAAUGUUUCCUAUUUA